AUGGGCUCCCGCAAGCGUAACCGUGAUGAGAUGGAAUUUUCGGAGCCUGCACCAGAAUUAAGCAUGCUUGACAAGCUUCGGAACACAUGGGAGUUGGCCAACCUCAUGCAAUAUAUCUAUAUCUUCGGCAAAGCGGUGAAAAUUGACGAAGAUUUGACCAUCGAGGACCUCGAGACCGAAUGUCUCAAGCCAGAAUCCUCCCAGGUUUUAUCAGACAUCGGACUCGCACUUCUGAAAUAUGUGUCUUCACAUAGAGGUCUUACUCCAGAGAUAUUUGAUGAAUACACACGCCGCCAAUACGUGGCAAAAGCACCCAGCCGAAACCCCUUCGGCAUAGAUGAGGAGCCCCGAAAGUUCUCCGAAUUUGACGUCUUCCUCAAGCUGAAAGUGCUUGUCCAACUCUCACAAUGGACCCUGAUCAAUGCCGACCGAAUGAGGGAGAGAAUGCCUGAGGCGAAGGACAGUGAGCAAACACAAUGGCGUAUUGAAGAAGUUGGAUAUGAUAAGCAUGAGCGCUAUUACUUUGUUCUCGACGAUAAUCGUCUAUAUCGCCGCACCGACCCUCCACCGCCUUCUCCUCCUGCCCCUAAAGCGAAAACGAAAUCGAAGAAGGGUAAAGCCGCUGCCAGAGCUAGCAAGCGGAGAAAGACAAUAGAACCCGAAGAUUCGGCGAAUGAUGCCGACAAUGAUACGCCGGCAGAGGUUGGAGAUGCUGGGGCGAACGAAGCGGAUGAUGGUUUGGGCGGGAGAAAGUGGGAAUGUAUCGCUAUUACGCUUGGCCAAUAUCAGGAGUUCUUGGAAUCAAUACAGAAGAGCAGGGAUCCAGAUGAGAAGGAUCUUUAUCGACGGAUCAAGGAAGAAGUCUGGCCGGUUAUUGAGAAGGCAGAAGAGUCACAAGUCAGAAAAAAGCAGAAGCAAGAACGGGAGCUGAUGAAUAUGCAGAAGCUGGCUACGGCCAAGCGAUCUAGCAGGCUCGAAGCUAAGAUGGAGAGAGAACGACAAGAGCAGGAAGUUGCUGAAGCGGAGCGAAAGCGAAAGGCUGAUCUUGUUGCAGCGAAGCAGAACCAGGAGAAGCAGAAGAGGAUGGAGGAGGAUCGAGAGUCACGCAUGUUGACUCGUGAACAACGAAUCAAGGAAAGAGAGUACAAGCGUAUCCUACAAGAGGAGGAAUUGGCCAAUCUCUCGGAAGAGAACAAGAAGGUGGAAGCUGGUGAGGCAAAGAAAUCUGAGAGGCAUCUGAAGACGGAGAUAGAAAAGAGGAAGAAGGAGCUUGCAGCACUGGCGGAAGACGACGAAUGGGUCUUCGAUUGCUCAAAGUGCGGAGUGCACGGCACUAAUCUCGACGAUGGCUCUCACAGCGUAGCAUGUGAAAAGUGCAAUGUCUGGCAACACAGUGCGUGCCUAGGUAUCUCUCAAACAGAUGCCGAAAAGGACGACUUCCAUUUUAUCUGUCAAGAUUGUAAACGCCGAGAAGAAGAUGCGAAGAAGCCCAAGAUCCCAAGUCUCAAAUUUCGUAUUGGAUCUUCAUCUUCACCACCCCAACAGAAACCGAAACUGGAAAUCUCGGGCACGAACGAGGACAAGAAGCGCCAGUCAAGCGAGGAGAGAUCUCAGUUGCCCCCUUCCAAGAAAUUCAAGCCAGUAGUGGACAGCAACAACCACCAUCGUCCAAACGCUCAUAACCCUCACGCACCUCACAACCGACAGAACGGCAUGCAUGCAGCCGUAAUGAAUGGUCCAACGUUAUCUCCCCAAGGUCAGCUUCCACGGCAAAGUAUCUACGCUGGUAACCAGGAGGAGAGCUUCUUUACCAGGAGAGCGUAUCCAGAUGCACCUCCGCCAGGUCUCAGAUCACCGCCUGGCCCUCCCGCAUACGCCAAUGGCUAUAACAACCAUGUAACCCCACAUAACGGAUAUGUACCCCAGCUUCCACCACAAGCUUUCCAAUCGCUUGACGCGAAUGGAGCUUAUCAAAGCAGCCAUCAGCCUCACAAUGUAGGCUGGUCAGCACGCUAUACACCAACCCAGCAACCUCAACAUGCUCAGGCGUACGGCCCGCCUCCACCAUCUCAAAACCCAUUCACUAAUUCUUUCGAUCGUCAAACCCCAUCAUCCUCUCAUUCAACCCACAAUGUCCCCUCGCCCGACAAAAAUGGUCCCUCCUUGUCCCCUCCUCAAAAUAGUCCUCCAUUAUACAACCCCCCGCAUCAUCAUUCUCCACAGUAUCAGACACCUCACACGAAUGGUGCUUCCCCAAAUCAACCUCUUCCAGCAACCGGACCACCCGCUUUCUCACCCACGAAGCAGCAAUCGCCCGCCGCCGCAUCGAAGAAAAUGCAGCCGCCAUCGUCUAGUCCAGUUGCGCACCAACCUCCACUACAGAACAACGCGCCCUCAUCGCCAGGUCUCUCGCCAACAAAGCACAGUCCACCUCGUGCAGCGCCAGGCCUUGGAGUGGCUGGUACUCCGGCGGUAAUACCGCCUGUUGCUCAGCUAUCCCCCAGUCCAAUGCAGCAGAGCUUGAAUGCAGCAUUGAAAAGUGCAACCCCAGAGUAG